AUGGGCUCCGUGCUGCCCGGCUCCUCGCUGGGCCUGAAGCCGGGAUUCAAACCGCAGCCUCUGUCCCUGGCUGACGUCAUCACGUCGGACAUCCUGCACAGCUUCCUCUACGGCCGCUGGCGGCACGUGCUGGGCGAGCACCACCACCACCUGCACGAGGACCGCACCGCCCCGAGCGCGAGCCCCAAGACGGCCUUCACCGCCGAGGUCCUCGCGCAGUCCUUCUCUGGAGAGGUGCAGAAGCUGUCCAGCCUGGUUCUGCCCAGCGAGGUGAUCAUCGCCCAGAGCUCAGUGCCAGGGGAGGGUCUGGGUAUUUUCUCCAAGACGUGGAUUAAAGCAGGAACGGAGAUGGGGCCGUUCACCGGGCGGCUGAUCUCUCCUGAACACGUCGACCUGUACAAGAACAACAACCUCAUGUGGGAGGUGUUUAACGAGGACGGGACGGUCAGGUAUUUCAUCGACGCCAGUCAGGAGGACCAGAGGAGCUGGAUGACCUACAUCAAAUGUGCCCGAAACGAGCAGGAGCAGAACCUGGAGGUGGUCCAGAUCGGCAGCAGCAUCUUCUACAAGGCCGUGGAGACAAUCCCCCCGGACCAGGAGCUGCUGGUCUGGUACGGAAACUCCCACAACACCUUCCUGGGAAUCCCCGGAGUGCCGGGCGGAGACGAGGAGCAAAGCAAGAAGACCAAGACCGACGACUUCCACUCCUGCGACGGCUCCUCCUCCUCCUCCGCCUCCUCCUCCUCCUCCUCUGCCGCCGCGCUGGCGUCGGCCGGCCGCAUGCGCUGCGUCAUCUGCCACCGCGGCUUCAACUCCCGCAGCAACCUGCGCUCCCACAUGCGCAUCCACACGCUGGACAAGCCGUUCGUCUGCCGCUUCUGCAACCGCCGCUUCAGCCAGUCGUCCACGCUGCGCAACCACGUGCGGCUGCACACCGGCGAGCGGCCCUACAAGUGCCACGUCUGCCAGUCGGCCUACUCACAGCUGGCCGGCCUGCGGGCGCACCAGAAGAGCGCCAGGCACCGGCCCAGCGGCGGCCCCGGGGCCCCGGGAGCAGGCGUGGUGGUGGGAGGGGGAGGUGCAGGAGGCGUGCAGGGAGCUCACUCCCCUCCCCCGCCUCCUCCGCCUCACCCAGCACAGAUAACCGCCGUGCCGCACCCCGCCUCCCUGGUGCACCAUAUACCAACCAUGGUGCUGUGA